CAACGUUAAUAUAUUAUGCUUAAUUUGAUUGCAGAACGAUUUGACGCUAAUGAAGAAGGAGUUGUAGAAGUUUUGGAAAACCUUAAACAACUAAAACAGUUGGAGGAAAAAGAAGUUUUGUCUCAUAAUAAAUAUUUGCAAGAAAUUUCUUCACUGACUGAGGUUAGUGUCUCAAGUCUGAAACGAAUAAUUAAAGAGGGCCAACAAAGCGGUGGAGUCUUCAGAACACCGGGCAAGAAGCGACCUCAUCAAGCUACCGUUUCUAACUUAGACAAUUUUGAUCUUCAAGCAAUCAGGAAUAAAGUCAACGAGUUUUAUAUUGUAAAAAAGCAAAUUCCGACUCUUAGGACCCUUCUGGCAAAUUUGAAAGAAGAUAUAGGUUUUGUUGGCUGCAGAGAGACAUUACGUAAAAUAUUAUUGAGUAAUGGUUUUGAAUUUAAGCAGAAUAAAAAUGAACGUUCUGUGCUCAUAGAAAGAUAUGACAUUGCAGCAUGGCGUCAAAGAUUCUUGAGAACCAUAGCAGCUAAACGUGCGGAAAACAAACCAAUUAUAUAUCUUGAUGAAACCUACGUGCACCAAAAUUACAAGCCAAAAAAAUCAUGGCAGGGACCGUCAACAUCUGGGGUAAUUGAAAAUAUUUCUUCAGGAAAAAGAUUUAUAAUUGUUCAUGCUGGUUCCGAAAAUGGCUUUGUACCCAAUGCUCUGUUGACUUUUAGCACAAAAUCAACAAAAGCAGAUUAUCAUCAUGAUAUGAAUUCCACAAAUUUUAACAGAUGGUUACAGGAGAAACUGAUUCCGAAUUUACCAGGACCCAGCGUGAUUGUUUUUGAUAAUGCCAGUUAUCAUACUGUUCAGAUCAAUAAGCCUCCGAACACAAACACACGCAAAGCUGAUAUUCAAGCCUGGCUCCGUGCAAAUUCUGUGAAUUUUGAGGAAUAUUUUUACAAGGAUGAGCUUUUGGAUUUAGUAAACGAACACAAAACAAAACCAAUAUAUGAGGCAGACGAAAUUCUCAGAGCUCAUGGUCAUGAAGUUCUGCGACUCCCACCAUAUCAUUGUGAUCUCAACCCGAUCGAACUCAUUUGGAGUACAGUAAAACGGAAAGUGGGUAGUAAAAAUGUUGGUAGAUCAGCUAAAGAAUUGGAAGAAAUUAUCAAAGAAUGUUUUGACAGCAUAACUUCGGCAGAAUGGAAGAAAAUGACUGAUCAUGUCCUUCAUGUCGAAAAUCAAUACAAGGAAAAGGAUGGAAUUACAGAUGAGAUGGAAAGUUUUAUAAUUAGUGUCCGUGAUGGUGACUCUUGCAGUUCAGAUGAAUCUACAGAAGUGAUAUCUGAGGCAGAAUAUUUAGAAUCUGAAUUUGAUUAUUCUGAAUAA